UUUGCAAAAAAAAUCGUUCAGGUGAUCUCUACGUUAAACUUUCCUGAUGUCGGCGACGAACCUGGACGAAUUAAUUGGACCAGAUCUGCUGCCAGUAUACAGGCUAUACCUAACGUGCUACGAACUCAUAUGGUUGUGCCAUGUAUGAAUAGCGAUCGCAUUUAUAUAGUGGAAAUCGAUAAGGUGGAAAUGAAAAUAGUAAAGACAAUUGGUUCGGAGCUCCUGAGACAUUACGAUAUGUCCUGUCCGUAUGCUGUUCAUGUUCUGCCGCUCAAAGGUGCUCCUGUUCACAUUGCCACGAUGGGAGAUAAUUACGGUCACGGCAAAGGCGAUUUUUUGUUGAUUGAUCGACAUUCGUUCGAGAUUCGCGAACGUCACAAUCGUGGUGGAUUCUACGGAUUCGGUGGUGACUUUUCGUUUCAGACGAGACGGAAUCUGUUGAUCGCCUGUGAAUGGGGACAUCCGCGACUAUUCCGCGGCGGUUUCACACGUAGCGACAUCGAGAAUGGUGGGUUUCGAAACCCUGCAGGUUGGAUGAAGGGUUAUUCGUUGUUAUCCUUUUGCAUGGGUUAG